AUGGCGAAGAACAAAAAGAAGGCAUCGAAACCUAAGCCUGAAAAGAUGGAGCCAGCAAAAACGGAUUGCGAGGCUCCAGAAUCAGAGCCUGCAACGUCACAUCAAGAGCCAGCGCCCGAAAAUGCUAUAGAGUUGACCGACAACGAUAAGACUGGCGAUGACGAGGCAGGUCUGAGGAAAGAAGUAGAGCGCUUGCAAAAUGAAGUUUCAAAUUUGAGGCAACAGCUCGAGAAACAGACAAAACACGGCUCUAAGGAUGAGAAGGAUGAGAAGGAUGAGAAGGAUGAGAAGGAUGAGAAUAGCGAGAAGACUAACAAGGAAGUGAAGGAUGAGGAAGAAUUGACUACGAAGCUGGCCAAGAUUCAAGAAGAAAGAGAUCAAUUCGAAAACCAGUAUAAUUCGUUAUUGAGUAGACUCUCAUCUAUGAAGUCUGUGUUCAAUAAAAUGCGGGAAUCUCAAGAAGAGUUGGAAUCAUGCCAGGAGCAGCUGCGAGAGUAUGAGUCUCAAAACCUGAGCUUGAGAAAUAAACUUGAGAACUCCAAUAGGGAACAUGAAGAGCUUCAAAAUACAGUAGUCACAUUAAACCAAGAAGUUUCGGGUCUCAACGAUGAGUGUGAAUCGCUGUCCCAGGAGCUCUCCGAGGCCGUAGAGAAGUCAUCAAAAUUUGAGGAAGACUUAAAAACACUGUCUUCGCACAAUGCCAACGAGCGCCAUACCUGGGAAACUAAAUUCAAAGAAUUAGAGCUUCUCCUCAGCAAUAUGAAGCAAGAUAUGGAGUCCCUAAAAGAAGAGCGGGAAGACCUCAAACAACGAUUAGAGAAGAGCGAACGGCUGAAAGAGACGUCGGAAGCCAACCUUGCCGAGCUCGAGCGUCAGCUCGAAUUGCAACAACAGGCUGGGGAAGAGACUAUUUCUGAGAAGGCAAAAAGAAUACAGACUUUGGAAGCCCAGAUACAAGAAUAUCGCAUCAAAAACGAAAAGAUCGAACUUGAGCGGGUCAACCUACUCUCUCAAGUCGAAGGCAUGAGAGAAGCCGUGGAACAAAAAGAGGCUCUACAGCAAGAGUGCAAAGAGCGUCUUCUGCAGAUCGGGAAAUUGCGCCACGAAGCUAUCAUACUCAAUGAGCAUCUAACCAAAGCGUUAGCGAUGCUCAAGAAGAGCAGCGACUCGGAGACAGUAGACAAAGAGCUCAUAUCAAACCUGCUGAUCUCAUUCGUCGCCAUCCCAAGGGCGGACCCUAAGAAGUUUGAGGUUUUGGAACUCAUCUCAAGUUUUUUGAAUUGGGACGACGACAAAAAACAACAGGCUGGCCUUAUAUACGCGGCCAAUGGACAGAGGUCAAACACGAACGGAUCCCGCACUCAAAAUUUCGUAUCAUUAUGGACCGAAUUUCUUGAGAAAGAGAGUGUUAACUAA